AUGACACAAGUGAAGUUGAUUUUGUUUAUUGGCGCGCUGUGCUCCGGCGCUCUGUCGUUGCCCGCCGCCCAAGGCACAAAUCCCGACAGAAAUACCCGAAGCAUCCGAAUUUACCAAUGCAACAGACGCAGUCAUCUAGCCGAUGACGUAAAAGUGAUUCUUGACGUCACGCCCUCGAAGGUCGAAGAGAGGACGGUCAACGAGGCGUACCCUCAUGCGGUUCUCUUCGGACGCCUCUGCGGUGGCACCAUCAUAAGCCCCAAUUGGAUCCUCACCGCUGCCCACUGUACGAUUUUCACGUCGGGAAGCUACAUACUGGCCGGUACAAACAACUCCUUAGAUGGCAGCGGCAUCACUCGUCGCGUGAAAAGGCUGGUGAUCCACCCCCGGUUUUCGGUAGGACCGUAUUGGCUGAACGCAAUGAGUUACAACAUCAAACAGGUGGCCGCGCGUUUCGACUAUCUGCUGGCCGAAUUGGAAGAACCCCUGCCUUUGGACGGAGUCACUAUGGCCGCUGCCAAACUGAACGAGAAUAAUGCAAUCGCUCCUAAAACCAAUGUCGGAUACGCGGGCUUUGGAGCGGAAUAUCAUCAUGGAUCCAUGAGCUACCAGAUGCAUGCCAGGAAGCUACACCUUCUCUCAGAAAAGGAAUGCAGCGCUUUACAAGAAUUCAACACUACGGACAUGAUCUGCGCCAAAGGACGUCCCCCCAACUACGACUCCGCUUGCAACGGCGACAGCGGCAGUGGCCUCGUGGACGAAAACGGAGUAUUGGUAGGUAUCCUCUCGUGGGCUGAGGACGACACAUUGGAAUGCCGCAAAGGCGCCGUCGUUUACUUCGCGAAUGUUGCCGGGGCGCGAGAUUGGAUCCGAAAAGUUGCCAACGUC